AUGCAUUCCAUAUACUCGAGAGCGAAUGCGUUGUUCGCAUUUAUGCUGUGGGUGCUGGCUGCGGUUACAUUCGCCUGCUUUCUCAGCACAGCAUUCCUGGAUUAUACGACUAACGUGGAAAUUACUGUGAACAACCCGAGAGUCCGCUCUAUUGCUGACUACUCGUCCUCAUCUGAGAAGGCUGACUUGGGAAUGCUGGACUUCACCAUCAGAGGUGAUUUCACGAAGACAUUUAACUGGAAUGUGAAGCAACUGUUUGUAUAUCUUGUUGCCGAGUAUGAGACUCCGGAAAAUAAUAACAGACGGUUUGUUCCAAACGCCGGUUAUUUGAGGCUAUCACAGGCCGAGGGACAAGCGAUCGUAAGGUUCCCAGCUACCUACACCACAAAGAAGCACUAA